AUGUCUGCGCCGUCUCCUGGAAUUCCGGCUCAGCCUAGGCGGUCUGCGCUGAAGGCCGAGGGUGACAGUCCGAGAACUCCUCCCUUGAGCGCCCCAGUCAAAGCUGUGCAAAUCGCCGAGCCUGAGACCUCAACUCCUGAUGACCCGCAGGUGAAGAAGCAGUUUUCUGCUGGGGUCGCCAAGCGACUCAGCGGACGACCUCCUCCAUCGAACGGCCCUUCAAGGUCCUCGACGCUCAGUCAAGUCAGCAUGGAUAUCACCCCUGAUCUGGCUGCUGCCGGGUCCAUGGUCACUUCAGGCGAAGAAUCUCAGAAUCAGCAGCCUCAGGCUCACCACCACCGCCACAGGCUAGACCGCGUCACCGAGAGACUCUUAGCCCAGGUCGCAGAGUGGCUCGAGCGGGAGAAGGUCAAAAAGCAGCGCAAGAAGUAUGGAAAGCAUCCGUUACGCCAAAAGUCGCCACCCAGUCAUGUGGACAGCACCGUUUCCCCGCCAACCCGGCAUAGGGCGGAUUCGAUCGAGUCCGAUUCGAGUGACGUAUCUCUGGACCGGCUGCAGAGGAUUCUGGACGACAACAUGGCCGCCCUGGGUCUGAACUCCACCACUUCAAACUCCCUCCCUUCAUUUAGUUCUCGCCCCCGACAAAAACCUCGGAAAAAGUCCAGCAAAACCCUCACCCGGACCAUGGCCUCCUCAGAUACGGAAUGGUUCGAUGGUGACAUUGUCGUUCCCAGUUGUGACGCUUUUCUGGACAAUUCCAAAACUCUGAGUUACACGGGCGGGAAGGCCGCCACGGACGAUUCGGCGUCUAUAUCUGGACGCAGAGAAGAGAAAGAAAAGCAGAACUGGCUGACCUUCAAGAACGAAAUUAUCCGUCUAGCACACACGCUACGACUGAAGGGCUGGAGGCAAGUGCCGCUAGACAGCGGGGAGAGCAUCUCGGUUGAACGCCUUAGCGGGGCCUUGACCAACGCUGUCUAUGUGGUGUCGCCGCCACCCGACGCACUGCUGACCCGCGAGCCUGGCAAGAAGCAACCGGCCAAGGUGUUACUCAGGAUCUACGGGCCGCAGGUGGAGCAUCUGAUUGACCGAGAGAACGAGUUGGGCGUGCUUAGGCGGCUCGCCAGGAAGACGAUUGGCCCCCGGCUACUGGGUACCUUCCUCAACGGCAGAUUUGAGCAGUACUUGAACGCGACCGCACUGACUCCGUCCAGCAUGCGAGAACCCGAAACCUCGAAACAGAUCGCCAAGCGCAUGAGGGAGUUGCACGACGGUAUCGAGCUCCUCGAGGAGGAAAAGGACCAGGGGCCCGGCGUGUGGAAGAAUUGGGACAAGUGGUUAAGCCAAGUCGAGAAGACGGUUUUGUUCCUCGAUCGGAAAAUCUUGUCACAGUCCACUAACCUACCAGGAGGCGUGUGGAAGACGCAAGGCUUCGUUUGCGGCGUGCAGUGGCCCGUCUUCAAGGCUCUCGUGGAGAAAUACCGCCGGCACUUAGAAGCCUACUACGGGGAUACAAAGAAGAUCCGCGACAGGCUAGUCUUUGCUCACAACGAUACCCAGUAUGGCAACAUCCUGCGAGUGCGGCCCGAUGACCAAAGGUCUCCGCUCCUACAGCCCGCAAACGAGCACAAGCAGCUGGUCGUGAUCGACUUCGAAUACGCAGGCGCUAACGUGCCCGGUCUCGAAUUCGCCAACCACUUUUCGGAGUGGACCUACAACUACCACGAUCCGGCCCGCCCCUAUGCAUGCGACACGUCCCGCUACCCCAGUCUAGACCAGCAGCGCCGAUUUUUGAAGGCAUAUGUGGACCACCGACCUCAGUUUCCUUACGUCGACGCUCCUUCGCCCCGCAUCUCUGCCUCACCCGCAGCCAUCAGUCCCCAAAGAGAUGGUUUACACUCUACCCCAUCGACGACCUCCAUUGUCGAAUUCAUGCUUGACGCGAGGGUGCCGCCGGGAGGUUGGAAGGAGCAGGAGCAGAAGCGGGAGGAUGAGGCGGAGAGGAAGGUGCGGGAGUUGAUGGAAGAAACUAGGCUGUGGAGGACGGCGAACAGCGCGCAGUGGGUGGCGUGGGGGAUCGUGCAGGCCAAGAUUGAUGUGGCCGAUACAGCAACUGACGGCUCUGGUGAAACUAAUGGGGCGGAGGGAGCACCGGAGGGUGUGAAUGCACUGGCCGAGACGGAUGUGCAGCAUGACCCAGACGACGGCGAGACCGAGGCCGGGGAGGAUUUUGAUUACCUUGGGUAUGCGCAGGAGAGGGCGUACUUCUUCCUGGGUGACUGUGUACUGUUGGGAUUGGUUACGCCCGAGGAACUUGGGGAGGAAGUGAGAGGACGGCUCAAGAUGGUGGAUUACUAGCAUUGAGGGGCCCCGAUUUUAAAGAUACCUGUCAUCCGUUGAGUGGACUGUGGGUUGGCCUAGUUGGGCAAGAGAGAGUGUGUCAGACGCAAGGACAUCUACCGUAUCGUUGACAGAUAGAUGUAUGUAUGUGCUAAAGGAGAGGUCUUUCAAGGAACUAUAUGCCUUCUGUCUCGCAGCCUUGGGUAAGGAUAUCGAGGCAAAGGGCCCGUUGGAGUGCUGCCGCCUGGUUAAUCUUAGAGAUGCCCUUUGUGCUCUUCGUUCAGGGGCGGGUGUCCGUUCAGAUAGAGAAAACUGAGAUAGGGGUCCCCUUCUCUCCAUGUCUCGGUUUCUUCCUCUCCUCUACUCCUUCUCUCCUUCUCUCCUUAUCCCCCAACCCCAACCCUUAUGCUUUUCCCAGAGAAAGACUCAGUGUUGAGUAGAAUGU